UAAAAGCGUAAGAGCGGAAGGACAACGGGGUAGUGGUAUAAAGCAAGUGGCCGACGAGCGGCCGAAGCGAAAGGGUGUUUCUAACGAGUCUGUCUGCACAGGUGUUUCACACGGUCGGGAAGAGACAACAGAAUACACAAACAUGGACACGUCCGAAACACGAUACAUUUACAGUUGUGACGUAAAAACAUCAAGCGUAGAAUAUCCUCCGGAUGAUACGCAAUCAGAGGCCACCAAAAUGUGGGGAGACGAGCCGGCACCGUGGGACACUCCGGAUACCGAGGCACCUGCGGCGACCGGAGAAGGUGGAGAGGGCGCACCCGCAGCGGAUGGGGCGGCAGCGGAAGAGGCACCAGCCUUCUCCUGGAGGGGACUCCCCAAGUGUGACCCGCCAAAGUACACCCUCCACUGGGUGCGACCCCUGUUCCUCAACUACGACUACCUCUACGAUUACAGGAAAAACUACUACGACGACGUGAUCGACUUCAUGGACAGGAGGCAGAGAGGGAUUUGGCGCGACACACCGAGGGCUCAGGAAUGGUCGGAACGAGUGCUGAGAUCCUACAACGGGAAGAUUCCGGUGAGAAGUGGUAAACGGGCGGCGGAUAUGCGAGUGAUGAACCUGUUGAGGCCCGACAACAGGGGAUACUACAGUUACCACACUCGCGCCUAUUACAGUAUGAAGUACCAGGCGAUCCAGUGAACGAAUUUUAUAAAGUACGCCCCUCCCCCUCGCCGUUCUUAGCGCCAACUUACUGCCGAAAAUUAAACUUCGUCCGCAUUGGGACGUAAUUCACUACGCGGGGGAUUGUCGUUAUACGUCGGAUGUUGCGUUAAUUGAAUAUUGCAAAACGAUACACUGAAAGGAAUUUCAUACUUGUUGUAUAUUUAUUUAUUUGUUCAUUCACGUAAGUAACGUGAAUUGCCAAGACUCGGAUACUUUCGAUGGAUCUACUCAAAGUUUUCGGCGAAUUUGUUACAAUUGUGUAAGUGAUCGAAAUUUUUCAAAGCCGCACCGAUCGUCAACCCGAAUUCACUAUUAUCAACGGGUAAUAUGUAUUAUUCUUGCACGCAAUUACUGCUAAAUAUAUACAUGUAUAAAUGAGUAAAUCGAAAACAGAAAACAGUUUGUUGCAAUUGUAAAUGUUUAAAUCCUUUUCCCAGAUCCGUACAGUACGAAAUGCGUAUUAUAGACUGACGAGUUUACUUCCAGGGUAUGGAAACUAAUAUUGACACGCUAGUAUAACUGACAAUUAGAGGGCGCUUUGUUCAAUUACAAAACAUAGAAACGAAAUGGAGAAGAAUAGUGUCGACCGUAGCUUGAGGGGAAAAACAGGGAGAGAAUCUGUUCUAUUUUGUACUUCUAAGUAACUCGACACAAUUUGAACGGGUAUAAUAAUGUCAACACUUUAAUGUAUACUCAUGAAUUUGAUACAGAAAUGAUUUGUUUCAUUCGUUUUCUUUUUUUUUUGUCGGUUUGUUUUAAAUUAGUUUAGAUUUAUUUUUUACUUCACUUUUUAAUUUGUAAUAAUAAUAAUUGAUCGGUAAUAAUUAUUAGUAUAACUAUAUAAUAUUACUAAAUAUAUCUUCAAUAUAUAUAUAUGUGCAUGUCGCAAAGCAAAGCAAACUUUCAACAUUUCGUAAUCGUCGUCAUAUACAAAUAUACCAUUGCCCGAGGUUGCAUCUCUCAUUUUCUUCCAUUACACACGUAACUCUAUAAUGUAAUUACAAUAUGCAAUACGAGUAUAAUUA